UUUAUUUUAAUUCAAUUUGCAUGUAUUUGUAUAGCGCUUUUCACAAUACUGUUUCAAAGCAGCUUUACAGAAAAUGAAUGUUUCUACAUUACGUUUUCAGCAAUGUUCAAAAAGUUUUAUUAAUUCAGUUGCUCUUUUUACCCUGUUUUUUUAACAUGGGUUUCUAUAGAGGCCAGAACAAGACAGCAUACAAACGGAAGUUAGUAACCAUCAUGGCAACACUUAUCGGUUAGGCUACUCAAGGAAAAGAUGGAUAAUUGAGAAACAAUGUACAUAAUGUAUAAAGGCAAUUUAUGUAGUAGUAUUAUAACUAGUGCGGUAUAAAGUCAGUUUUAGGUUUGAUAUUCACCGGACAUCCGCUUUCGUAUCUACACUAUUUAUAAAAGCAAAACAGGAUGGAACUCAACCUUUUACUAAAGUUUCUAAUACAAACACAAUGUGUGUCACGUGACCUGCUUGCCUGUCCUCUUCCCUAACCUUGAAUAGCCUAUACACACAUCUCCAAGAUGUCGUUUAGAGAGCGCUUCUUCAAGAAAGCAACUCAUAAAUAGGCUAACUUUAAAAAGUCAGUUUUGUCAAUUUCGCAAUGUCAGUAAAUCACCCGCAGAAAUGUCCACUCAUCUUUUUUGGAAUUGCACUCUCACGCUAAUUUGCCCUGUUUAGUAAACCUGGCCCCAAAUGUCUAUUAAACAUCUGUCAGGAAACGUCUCAUAAAUGCAUUGCUGGUCAGCAAACGUCAGGUGGUCACGGGGAAUAGGUGACGUGCGUAUGGCAGUAUAAAAGUGAAAGUAAAAGCAGAAAAAGAGAAAUCAAAACAAUAGGCUACAUACCGGCAUAUAACAGGGGUUUUAUGAUUGGAUUUUCUUGACUUAGUGAGAAUUCUAGCAGCUGCAUUUUGAACUGCAUAAAUGCUUCACACUUCUGUAAUUGAAUGGUGAGAAGUAACACAGUAACCCUCUGGGGUAGUGUUGAGCCUGUUUAUUUCCAAACCACAGUAGAGUUUCCCUGUUUUCCCCCUGGUAGUCAUGAAUUUUACUUUCCAAGAAUAAAUCUCUAUAUAUAAACGCAAUAGAAAUUAUUGGUUUAAAAAAAUAAUAAUAAUAAAUAAAUAAAAAAUUACAUGGAAAAAAAAAUGUUUGUCAAUCUGCAUGUAAAUUAGCAUAUCAAUUAUAUCAAUGGCAACAUUUGACAAAAAAAAAAAGCAAACGCACAAAAAUAAAUACUGUUUUACUAAUUCUCAGCAUUUUUAUCCUUCAUGACCUUCAUCUGUUGUGACAAGGUUUUUUUUUUUUUUUUUAAUAACCCCAUCUCAAAGAGGAAGCUGUUGAGUCAUAUUGCUCCUGUUCCUCUUGAGCACAUGACAAACACAGACUGAAGUUUAAAAGAUCCCUGCCACUGCUUGCUCCAUCAGUGAUGUUGUCAGUCAUGUUUGUGAAACUCAGUCUGCUGGCUCUCAUAUUCUUUGUGACAAAGGAUAUUCACCCCAACUAUGCUGAAGCAAAAGUGGCUGCACCCCAGAAUGUGAAGGUGACCUCCGUCAAUAUGGCUGCAGUUGUUGAAUGGACAUCUCCACACAAUCCCACGAGUAAUGUGACAUACACGGCAAGAUACAUCCUGAGAAAAAACGACUCUUCCCUCUGUGUGAACACCAAAGAGCUGAAAUGUGAUGUAGGAAGACUGCCAUUUGUAUUCGGGACUUACAUUUUCCAAGUGCGGGCAGAGGAUCAAGGGCUGUUUUCUGAAUGGGUUAAUACAGCCGAGUUUUCACCAUAUAAGCACUCUAUCAUAGGACCUCCUACUGUGCAUCUUGUCAUCCAAAAUAAUAACUUGGAGGUGCACGUCCAAGCUCCAGUGCUGAAAGUGGGCAAAAUUGCAGACGUUUUUUCAAAAGUGUCUUACAUCAUCAGAUAUUGGACCGAAGGUUUCAAAGAGGAGGCAACGGAGAAGAGGGUUGCCGAAACCAAAGACGAUUAUGUUAAACUGAGUAUUAAAGGACUACAUUCCUGGAGCAGAUAUUGUGCUCAGGCUAUGGUGGUUCCCAAAGGAUACAGAAACGUCAAUCAGUUCAGUAAUGCCGUAUGUGUGACUAACACACCUGUGCUCAACAUCUGUGUGAUUGCUGCUGCCAUCCUUAUUUCUCUGGCAAUCCUUGUCGCCUGGCUGAUCUAUAAAGUGUACAGAUUCCUGUACCCGAAAACCAAACUACCAGAACUUCUCAAGAAUCUAUUCGUACCAUCAUUUUGGAAUGCUGAGGCAACCCAACAUUCUGCACACCAGAAAGAACAGCAUGAUAAAAUCAGUGCCAUAUCUGAGCACCAUCUAUAUGAAGAGCUCAGCGAGAAAAGCACAGUCUCCGAGGACAAGGACUCUGGGUUGCCGUCUGUUCUCGGCCCAAUUCAAGAGGUGGAAGAGGACUACAAACUCCUAGUGCACAUGAAUCCUGCACCUACUUUUUACCCUAACCAUCUCUACCCGUUAUGCAUGAAAAACUCCUUAUUUACUCAUUUAAACAAACCCUGCUUCGAAGGCUCCACUAGCACUCAGCCUUGUUACUACAACAUAGCUGGCGCAAGCUCUGAGCUGAGCCACGCUGACUGUGUUUGCUGAAGUCAUCAACAAGCUGAGAUGAACUUAUUUACUUAAGAAUGAUCUUGACUGCCGCAAGUAUAUAAUUUAUAAAUAUGUUAUGUAUAUAUGUAACUAUGCAGUGGUGCAAUGGCUGUCUGUUGUAUAUAAUUUCUUGCACUGUUUACUCUUUCUUAAAAACUGAUAUCAUUGUAUGCCUAUGAAUCGUUGUAUUGUUGUCGUAAAAAAGUGAAAUAUAUCAUAAUGAAUAAAAUUGAAUUGAUUUUC